UUGGCCCAUACGAAACAAAUGCCAGAGUUUCUGUGCUAGGGUUGUUAGUUGUUAAGAUCAUGGAUGAUUUUGUAAAUUUUAGUAGAAGCAUUUUCAAUUUGGGGAGUCUGUAGUUCUAAAUGAAUACUUGAUGUUAAUUGUUAUGUACAUGAACAUUUACGGCCUUAGCUGAGAAGAAAUGGAUUCGCCGCCGUCUGUUGAAACAGUUUACCAAGCUGUAUUUACGUUGUAUCACAAUCCAGACACCGCCGAAAAGGAGAAAGCGUCAUUAUGGUUGGGGGAACUACAGAAAUCGGUGUUUGCUUGGAAGAUUGCAGACGAAAUGCUGCAUCACAAGCGAGAUUUGGAGUCUUGUUACUUUGCAGCUCAAACAAUGCGUACGAAAAUUCAGUUAUCAUUUCACGAGCUACCAUCUGAUGCUCAUGUUUCCCUCAGAGACUCCCUCUUGGAACACAUAGGACAAGUGAAUGAUGCUACAAACACUGUUAUUGUAACACAGCUGUGCCUGGCGCUGGCAGACCUGAUGCUGCAGGCGUCGUCGUGGCAGGCCCCAGUACUGGACCUGAUCGCGAGGUUCAGUCGGAGCAGCGCCUGGCCCCUGCUCGAGAUCCUCACGGUGCUGCCCGAGGAGGUGAACUCCCGCAUGCUGCGGCUGGGGGCCAACCGCAGGACCCAGGUCAUGAGCGAGCUGGUGGCCACCGCCCCUGCCGUCACGGACUUCCUGAAAUCCUGCUUAUCGAAUGGAGGCGACAGUUCUCAGAUUCAUGUUCGUAUCCUCCGCUGCUUCACGUCCUGGAUUUCUGUCCAGGCAAUCACGCUAUCGGAUGUUGCUGGCAGCAUUGUGGUGGCACAUGCCUUCCACGUUCUCGCUAACAACCAGGCGGCCCCAGGCAUCCACGAGGCGGCCACGGACUGCCUGUGUGCACUUCUUCAGCGGCUUGAGGAGAAUAACAACCAGCAGGAGCUGGAGCUGCAGCUGUUCACGGGAGUCAUGUCGCUGGAGCCCAGCUUCCACGUGUCCGUCGCUCACGAGGACCAGGAGAAGUCUAUGAACUAUUGCCGUAUCUUCACGGAGCUGGCUGAGUCAUUCUUGGAGAAGAUAGUCAAUGGGAGCACUAUCACUGAGCCUCACUUUGCUAUCAAAAUCCUGGAUGUUGUGCUGACUUGCGUGGGCCAUCAUGACUACGAGGUUGCUGAAAUCACAUUCAACUUGUGGUAUAGAUUAUCGGAAGACUUGUACCAAAAGAACAGUGACUCGUUAACAUUGCUGUUCAAACCCUAUAUCGAGAGACUGAUUCAGGCAUUGUGUCGGCACUGCCAAAUGGAACCAGACCAUGAAGGCCUGCUGGAGGAUGGGGACGACUUCAGUGACUUCCGACUGAAGGUGUCGGAGCUCAUCAAGGACAUGGUGUUCAUAGUGGGCUCCUCCAACUGCUUCCGACAAAUGUUCCUGAGUCUGCAAGUCCCGAAUGUCACUUGGGAUGCGACGGAAGCUGCACUUUUUGUCAUGCAGGCCAUCGCCAAGAACGUUCUUCCGGAGGAGAAUGACGUUGUGCCCAAGGUGGUGGAGGCCAUCUUGCACAUGCCGGAGACCUCGCACGUCGCUGUCAGGCACACCUCCAUCCUCCUGCUGGGCGAGCUGUGUGAGUGGGUGGAGCGCCACCCGCAGACACUAGAGCUGGUGCUGAACUACUUGCUGUUCUGCCUGCAGCAGCCUCAGUUCGCCUCUGCAGCGGCCAACUCUCUGCAGAGCAUCUGUAGCGCGUGCCGCAGCCACAUGGCCGUGCACUUCACCGGCCUUGUGCACAUCAUUCAGUCCCUCGACACCUUCAAGAUAUCGAAUGAGGCUGCCAUUGGACUGCUCAAAGGUGUGUCUCUUAUUUUGGCCCGCAUGCCAGCCGAACAGCUCCAGCAAGCAAUGAAGGAGAUUUGCUUGGUGCAAAUCAAGCCACUCUGUGAGCUGGUUGAGGGUGACAUUGAAAUUGAAAAAGGAACGAAGACUGAUCCUGCGCUUUGGCUGGACAGACUUGCAGCCAUCUUCAGGAACACCAAUCCCUCGGUGGACAACGGCCAGUUGCAUCCGUGCCAACCUGUUAUCACCGAGAUAUGGCCAAUACUCUCCAACGUGUGCAGCAAGUUCCAGAAUGACCACAGGGUGAUGGAGCGGUGUUGUCGCUGCCUGAGGUUCGCUGUCCGCUGCGUGGGCAAGCAGUCCGCACACCUCCUCGCACCCCUCGUCAAGCAGAUAGUGAGCAUAUACCAGUUGAACCAGCACAGCUGCUUCCUGUACUUGGGCAGCAUCUUGGUGGACGAGUAUGCGUCGGAGCCCGGCUGCGUGCAAGGACUCCUGGACAUGCUGCAGGCGUUCAUCGGCCCGGCCUUCCGCGUCCUGCAGGAGCCCAGCGGCCUCAAGAACCACCCCGACACGGUGGACGACCUCUUCCGCCUGUGUGCCAGGUUUAUUCAGAGAGCACCAGUUCCAUUCUUACAGAGCGCUGCUAUCACUCCCAUCAUACAGUGUGCCCUGCUGGCCUGCACGCUGGAUCACAGGGACGCCAAUGCUUCAGUCAUGAAGUUCUUCUUCGAUCUCGUACACUGUAGCCGCACCCACCAGGAGCAUGCGGACUACGAAGUAAGACGGCAGCUGGUGUGCGAUAUAAUCAACGAGAAUGGCCCGGCCUUGGUGAACAACCUGGUGCAAGCGUGUGUGUUCUGCCUUCAUUCCUACAUGCUCUCCGACGUGGCUGACGUCAUAGUUGAGCUCCUGCUGCAUGACAGAGGGGCAGUCAGCCAGUGGCUGGAGGCAGCCAUCAAGGCCCUGCCCACGCAGAACUCGGGCGGCAGUGUGACUGCCACCGCCAAGCAGCUCGUAGACUUCCACGGCGCUCUCACAAGUGCAGAGACGGCCAAAGUCGCUUCGCACACUUUGAGGGAUUUUGCUCGUCUCUUCCGUUGACCAGACACCGGUUAUUGAACUACAGAGUGAAAACUGAAAAUGUUUGUGCUACUUUUUUUUUUGGUAAAUUUGGUAUGCUUUUCGUUUGAAAGGAAAUAAUGUUCAGUGAAUGACAUAGCUGCUUCAUUGUUGAAACAUGGUCGUUAACAUUUCUUAUUGUAAGAAGUUGACAAUGUAUAAAGAUUUGAUAUGAGCAAGAAAUAUGUGAAGUUUGAAGCGAGUAUUGGCCUCACAUGCAAAUGUAACUGUAAUCAGAGCAACAGUGACUAUGUUUCCUCUCAACAUAAAUAUGAAUUACUAUUGUUUUAAGUUUUCCUUGAAAGCGACCAGCAGCUGGCAUACAGCUUGGUCUAGUGUCUUGGUUGCUGAACACAAAAAAACGAGUUGAGUAAUACUAGGUUUCAAGUUUUGAUAAUGUUCCACAUUGGGACAGGUGCUGUGCCAACUUGCAAGCGAGAAUAGUUAAUAUUUAACGCUCUUGAUGCAUAGAAUAUAAUAGACAUAUUUCUUCAUUUAGUUCUUUGGCUGUAAGAUAAGAUUUUAUUUAUGACCUAUUUUGUUUACGGUAAUUUGUAUUGACUUUGAAUAUCCAACAAUUUUUUUUUCUUUUGUUGUGCAAGUUAUAAAUAUUUCUUGUAAGUAAACUAUAAGGAAUCUCUGAAACAGAAACUAAAAAUGUAAGUGCAAGAUCAACCGGAUUCAGUAUUUUUUUGAAUAUAAAAACUUUUUUUUAGUCAAAAGUUAUAUAUACAUCAGAAUCGGUUUUUUUUGAAAAAUGAAAUUACUUGUUUUACUUACCCAAUACAAAAUGUAUUAUGUAUUAUAUGAUUGCCAACAUUGAUAAUAAAAUGAUUUUAUUAUUUUUGUGGUCA